CCAGCAGACGCAGAGAUGCAAAUCUUUGUGAAGACCCUGACUGGCAAAACCAUCACUCUUGAGGUUGAGCCCAUUGACACCACUGAGAAUGUCAAAGCUAAAAUCCAAGACAAGGAGGGAAUCCUGCCUGACCAACAGCGUCUGAUUUUUGUGGGCAAACAGCUAGAGGAUGGCCGUACUCUCUCAGACUACAAUAUUCAGAAAGAGUCCACCCUGCACUUGGUGCUUCGUCUGAGGGGUGGCAUCAUCGAACUCUCCCUCCGCCAGCUCACCCAGAAGUACAACCGCAACAAGAUGAUCUGCCGCAAGUGUUACGCCCGCCUGCACCCCCGUGCUGUCAGCUGCCGCCAGAAGUGCAGCCACACCAACAACCUUCGCCCCAAGAAGAAGGUUAAAUAA